AUGGCAUCCCAAGAAGAUGAACUAGACUGCCUUGCAGAAGAUUAUCGCAAUCAACCAGGAGUUAUGUUCAGAAGACAUGCUCGAAAAUAUGAUUAUCGAAAGGAAAACAAUCCUCGUGAUACUAUGGUAGAUGACCAUGGAUUCAGAGCUUUUUUUGGCAGGGUUUCUGCAAGCACAAGCACAAGCACAACCACAACCACAACCACUAAUGAAAACAACAGUACUGAUGAGAAAGAAGCAUUUGCAAAAAUGGCAAUGAAAUACACCGAGUAUUAUUAUCAAUGGAAAGCUCAAGCUGAGGCACAGGAAAAACAUCUUCAAAGAUCACUUUCUUUAAGCUCAUAUGAUCGCAGUGAAGCUCAAAAGCAAAUUGAUUGGUUUAAGUAUUGGGCUGAUCUUUCUAGUCGGGCAGCUCAUUAUUAUUUCCACUCAAAUUCAGACUCAGAGCUGUUGUUCCAGUUACCACCAGCACCACACGCCUCUAGGGCAGAACAAGAACACUGGCAGCAUCAAUACAGCUGA